UUGAGGCACCACAUCAGCAUGUCCUCCCCCGCUUCGCUCGAGUCGUCCCUGCCGCCCGCGGCAUUGGAGGUCCUGCCGGAUAUCAUGGCGGCGAUCGGCCAGACGCCCAUGGUAUGCAUUAACAGCAUCGGCAAGAAAGCCCAUUUGCAAUGUGAGCUGCUAGCCAAGUGCGAAUUCUUCAACGCCGGAGGUUCCGUCAAGGACCGCAUCGGCAAGCGCAUGGUUGAGGACGCCGAGGCCGCGGGUCGCAUCAAGCCCGGCGACACGCUCAUCGAGCCCACUUCCGGCAACACUGGCAUCGGCUUGGCGCUCGCGUCCGCCAUCAAGGGCUACCGCUGCAUUAUCACGCUACCGGAGAAGAUGAGUCUGGAGAAGGUGAACGUCCUCAAGGCGCUAGGAGCCGAGAUUAUCCGCACGCCGACAGAGGCAGCGUGGGACUCGCCCGAGAGCCACAUUGGCAUCGCCAGGCGUCUACAGGCUGAGCUCCCGAAUGCGCAUAUCUUGGACCAAUACGCCAAUCCGUCCAACCCAUUGGCUCACUAUGACGGCACAGCCGAAGAGAUCUUGGAGCAAUGUGACGGGAAAGUUGACAUGGUCGUGAUGGGCGUCGGUACCGGUGGCACCAUCUCGGGUAUCGCCAAGAAACUCAAGGAGAAAUGUCCCAGUGUGAUCGUCGUCGGUGUGGACCCAGAAGGUUCGAUCCUCGCGUUGCCAGACUCGCUGAACGACAAGAACCGACUGCAGUCGUACAAGGUCGAAGGUAUCGGCUACGACUUCAUCCCGGACGUACUGGACCGCAGUCUAGUGGACCAAUGGGAGAAGACGAACGACCAGGAAUCGUUCAUCAUGUCCCGUCGUCUCAUUCGUGAGGAAGGACUGCUCUGUGGCGGCUCGAGCGGCUCGGCCAUGGCUGCUGCGGUCCGUGCUGCCUCCGUGUUGAAGCCUGGUCAACGCUGCGUCGUUGUGCUGCCGGACUCGACGCGCAACUACAUGUCCAAGUUCUUGAACGACGCGUGGAUGUACGAGAACAAAUACGUGGAAAACACGGUCCACACGCGCGAGAACUACUCGAAAUACCGCAAGGAGACGGCCACGUGGUGGUCGCAGCAGCGUGUGUCGGUGCUGGAGCUGCCGCACCCGUCCACUGUGUCGCCUCAGCUGUCGUGUGCAGCGGCUAUUGAGACGAUGGAGCGUCACGGCUACGACCAGCUGCCUGUCGUCAAGGAGGACGGCACCGUGCAGGGCGUCGUGACGAUCGGCAACUUGCUGUCCAGACUUUCCUCUGGUCGCGUCAUGCGCACGGAUCCCGUGGCGACCGUGACGUUCGGCAACUUCAGUCGCGUGACCCACGAGAGCUCGUUGGCCGAACUCGCCGCCAUCUUUGACAAGGAUUACUUCGCUGUUGUGACCUCCACGGACGGCAAGAUUGCUGGCCUCGCCACGCGGAUUGACCUGCUCAACUACAUCACGAGCGCCCGCGAGGAAUAAGCAACGAUAGGAGAGAGAGAGAGAACUAGACUGAAUUGGGACAGUGGACAAUUUUAUCUAGGGAAUAAGUCUAUCGCUUGUUACUCAC